AUGUCUCAUCCUGCAUUUGAUGUCGAAGCAAACCAUUGUUCCCAUCUUCAUGGUUUGAUUUGCUACGCAACUGCUUCUGCCUCUGCUGAGCUUAAAGUGUACAACUCCAGCACCAGGAAAUCGACCACACUGCCUAAACUCGAGCCUGAAACUUCAGUCAAAAGUCACUUCUUAGGUUAUGAUGGUAUUGAUUGUGUUUACAAAGUGUUGUGUAUGUCCGGACCAAAGCCUGUUUUUCAGGUUAUGACCUUAGGAGACGGGAGUUCAUGGAAGACCAUUGACGUUGGUCUGUACUCUCAUUUUCCUCUCGUGAACCAUAUAUGUAUCGAUGGUGUAUUGUAUUAUGAAGCUUGUGCUGACACGAAAUUGAAGGGAACUUCAUUCAUCAUAAGAUUUGAUGUUAGGUCUGAAAAUUUUGAACGUAUCAAAAUGCCUGGCGAUGAUGUCAAAUGUUCAGCAAUGGUAAGUUACGAGGGGAAGCUAGCUAUCAUAUCCAUGGAGAUUUCAUCUGAUGGUGGCUUGGUUUUGUGGGUUCUUGAGGAUGCAGUGAGACAUAAAUGGUUGAAGAAGGUUUUUGUUUUGCCUAAUUGGUGGACAAGUUUUGUUGAGGGCACAUUAGUACAUGUGUUUCAUCGCUUCGUUAACGUCAAUGAUGCGGGUGAGCUGGUUUUGGCACCUAUUUUUGUGCUUACUCGACACUAUGUUCUAUAUUAUGAUCCAAAUAGAAAUAGUAUUAGAAAAGUCACAGUAGAAGGAAUCGAAGAGCCUAAACGUCACGACAACAGCAGACCAUUCGAUGCUUGUCGUCUGCUCCAUCUCUGCUCUAGUCAGGUUGAGAGUCUCAUGUUUCUGUAA